AUUUUAUCGUGCUUGUUGUGGUGUGGUGUACAGCUGGCAAACCGUGACUUUAACGAAAACAAACUUGUUUAUUUACAUUAAAAACUAAGGUUCAAACACGAACAGUCUUAUAAUUUUACUCCUUAACCCAAAACAAACGUAGUAACUGUGUAUGGUAACGUUGAGUGAAUUGUAUACAAAGUUUUUCUGCUGUUUAAGUUAAACGCCGUGGCAACCUUGCUAAGUUGGGGAGCGCAACAGUUUGUUUCGUGCUCUUCUGGCGUUUUGUUCCUUCGUUUUUGUUGAGGUUAUACUCGUUCCGCCAGCAUUCAGCCAUCGCUUGGGUCAGUCAUUCACUGGGUUUUACGGAGCGUUACCGCGUCGCGUCGGUAUUAUUUCGGAAACUUUUGUGGUGCGUCUAUUGCAAUCGAAAAUGUUGUGAAUUCGUAUCGAAACUCGGUUUGACAUCGAAAUUGUGUUGUAUAAGUGUAUUUUCGGAGUUGUUGUGUGUAUGUUUUGCAGUGUAACAUAGUGCAUUCUUGGUGAUUCAUCUCAGAACAAGUCUGUUUUUGUCCAGUGGUUUGGCUGUAGGUAUUACUCAUAAAAUUAUGUGUACCAUCGAAAGUGGCUGGUGAACCUUGGUUCUUGGACUUACCAGGCGGUGAUUUUAUUAUUCUCCGUUUGCAAAAGAUAAGCCGUAUCAUCAUGAGAACGAGGAUUUGUUAAGAUAACGGAAGCUUUGAGGAGAAAUUUCAUCAUUAAGCUGACUCCUUGUUUUAUUUCUAUGAUUCGAGAAUACCAUCCAAAAUGGCUGGACUACGGCUUCUUCUGGUCCUGAGUUUGAUCCUGGCUGCGUCAGCUGAUUUCACAGCAAACUGUCCACAAGGCUGCAAAUGCGUCUGGGCUAGUGGCAAUAAACAAGCCAACUGCUCAAACAUACAAGAAAUACCCAAAACUUUAAGCGCAGACAUACAAAACCUUGAUCUGAGCUAUAACGCUCUUUACGAAAUCUCCAGCAAUGCAUUCGAAGAUGUUCAGCUGAUUAAUCUAAAGAAACUCUAUUUGAGAGAGUGCAAACUUGAAACAAUUCACAGAAAUGGAUUCAGCGGUCUCGCGAUCAUGAUCGAAUUAGAUCUGUCGAAGAACGCCCUGCGGUCAUUACACGCGGACUCUUUUAAGGAGACAGUGAAAAUAAGAUGGAUAAUAUUGAACGACAAUCUAUUAGAGAAAUUGGAUGACGGACUUUUCAGCAAUUUGCCGUUUUUGCAGAAAGUCGAACUGAGCAAUAACAGAUUACAACAGAUAGGCGUGAAGACGUUCGUCAAUGUACCCAAAUUGAACACUUUAGAAUUGGAUGGCAACAGAUUAGAGCAUCUCAAAGUCGAUACUUUGAAUUCGUUGUCUUUAUCCAACUUAGAGGUGCACGAUAACCCUUGGCGAUGUGAUUGUUAUUUGCAACCUUUCAGAAAUUGGGUGAUAAGCAAACACCUGUAUACUUCUCCUAUAACUUGCAAGGAACCAGCUAAAGUCCAAGGGAAGACAUGGAAAGACUUAGAUUCUGGCGACUUCGCUUGCCGACCAAGUGUCGUGUACCCAUCCAACAGCACUACAAUCAGAUCUUCUGACACUAACAUAACUCUAUCUUGUCAUGUAACUGGUAACCCACUACCUGAAGUAAAUUGGGUUCAAAACGCACAAAUCAUCGAUGGUUCUUUAAGAUUAGGUGACAUUAAAUACAUAAUAACGCAAAGUAAUAGUGAUAACAGCAAAUGGGUAAACUUAACUAUUCUUGAAGCAGAAAGCACUGAUAAUGGUGAUUAUUUGUGCGUAGCUAAGAACCAAGGAGGAGUUGAAGAAAGAAGCUUAACAUUAGUAGUAACACAUGAGCCUCCAGGCGUUAUAGUCCCUGCUGGUAUGGAUAGCAAUAUGCUACCGGUUUUGAUAGGAGUUUCUUGUACCGCCGCAAUUUUACUUAUAUGUUUGGUGAUACUCUGUUACUGUUGUUGUAAGAGACGGUCUUCAGAGAAGAAGAAGGCUGAUACAUCGAACGGAGAGGCAUUAAUAGAGGGUUCAGUUAUACCGGAAAUGGAGAAGAGUUUGAUAACUGCCGUGAACCCAGUGACCAAGCCGCCGAGGAGGUACGACGCACCGCCUUCCAUUACUAGUGGGGGGACAGAAAUGUCUGAAUUGAACAAGACAUUGCUGGACAGUGAUUUUGUAUAUGCCCACAACGACGACGAAAAACGAUCUCUAGACUUCGAACACCCAACGAAAAGAUCUCACGACGCUCUCAACGUAGAAUAUGGCCGUACUGACGGACGGGCCUACCCACCCGACCUGCUCUCUUUCCCACCUCGCGCCGCUCAAAUAUCUCCAGCGGCGAGUAACGCUUCCACAGUGCCUGACACAGCCAGAUUACCACCUCAGCUGAAUCCUGUGAGCCCAAUACACUCACCCAUUUAUGGCAUGACGACCAAUCAAAACUUAUUCAGAACCCUACCUUAUUCGCGAUCACAGUCGCCUUUUAUAAGCCCUAUUACUCCUCCAGUUGUUACUCCAAGACAAGGUUAUGUAACUAUUCCCAGGCGACCUCGAGUUCCUAGCUGGUCCAGUACAGCUAGCACGGCAAUUCUGCCAAGCAGCGAAGCACAAGAGCCUUUGUACGACAAUCUUGGGCUUAGAACGACAGCUGAUGGCAGUUCUGUUCUCUCUUUAAACAAAACUGGUUUAGAAGCACAGUUCUCUCCAAUGAGAAACAGGCCAUUACCGGCCACACCAAUCAACUAUCAGCCUCCUCAACCAGUUUUCUAUGCUCCUAUUGAAGAGCAGGAGCCAUCCCCGUCACCAGUCCCUCAAUAUGCAACGAAUCCUAGGAACAGCAUUGCUUCACAACUCUCGACGCCUGGCCCCCAAGAGCCCGUCAACCGUAUGAGUUGGACAGUGAAAAAUGCUUCCACUCCUCAACCUGAACCCAGAAAGGCCUUGUUCACUGACAAUAGGAACUCGGACGCUCUGUCUCAAGCGUCAGACAGCAGUACGUUAAGUCGAAAAGGGAAACCGGAGACUGGAUCGCUCAGAAGGAAUCCCAGGACGGAGAAAGACGAGCCAACGUCUCCGUUGAAAGAGGAUAAGAAGAAUGAGAGCAGCGCGCCUCUGAACCAGUCUGGGACAUUGGGUAGGAGUGGCAAGAUCCCACCAAGACCUCCGCCGAAGCCGAAGAAGAAGCCUGUGGCAGAAGUGAAUGCCAACGAACCUUUGUUCGAAGAUGAAGGGGAAGACGGCACGGAAGUGUAGCAGGAGGUGGAAGUGUCAGACCAAAAUGCCAACAUAUAGUGUCACAAUAAGGAACGCGUCAUAACAGUGACAGUGGAAAAGACAAUGGAUUGAAAUAUGAUAGAUUUGGUGCUCGUGUAAAUAGGUUCGUGCUAGAUUUUCUACGAUUACAUAAAAAUCUAUGGACCAUUCGGAGAGCUGGAAGGUGGUAUAUCCAGAAAUUUAUCAUUUGUGUAUCGGUACACGUUAAAUUAAGUAUUUAUUCUGUGGUAGCUUCUUAAGGUGACUUUGAACGAUUUCGCUUGUUAGAUAGCAUCUAUCAUCCAUUCUCAAGACUGAUUAUUCUAAAUUGAGCCGUGUUUCGAUAAUGCGCAGAAUAUCAAAUGGCACAAGAUAAUUGAAUAAGAAAACAAAAACAGUUGUCACAAACAAUAUAGUAGUUAGUAUAUUAGUUUUUUCUGCACCUAUAGGAAGAGAAUUAAGAUUUAGCUGAUGUUUAUGAAAUCAGGGCAAUGAAUUUAAUAGUGAAAUUGUUUCAUCUAUUCAAUUUAUUUUAUAAGUACCCUGUACGUUCAUUAAUUUGAUACAUACAUCACGUCACGUCACGUCUAUAUCCCUUGUGGGGUAGACAGAGCCAACAGUAAUUUAAAGACUGAUAGGCCACGUUCAGCUGUGUGGCUUAAUGACAGAAUUGAGAUUCAAAUAGUGACAAGUUGCUAGCCCAUCGCCUUAAAAAAGAAUUCCAAGUUUAUAAGCGUAUCCCUUACUCGCCUUUUACGACAUCCAUGGGAAAGAGAUGAAGUGGUUCUAUUCUUUUUUACAUUGGUGCGGACACCACACGGCACACGGCGGUAUUAACUUGAUAUUCUGCGCAUAAUCGCUUUUCUUCUGACAUUCCCGUUCAACCAUUCGAUUCCACACUGAGCUUCUAUAGGUUUUCUAAGGAUGAGUUCACUAACUUAGCGUGUAUUUUGGAAGACUGAUAUUUGAUUCGCUAGUCGCUUUUAACUAUUAAUCAGGUUAAUAGUUAGUUCAAAGCGUGUUGUGUCAGUUGUGUUUUGUAACCGUCAGAUGAAUGUUCAAAUAUGAGGUCUUAUAAUGCAACUUUUUUUCUGAAGCAUAUGGACUGGGAGACUUAACUUUAAUACGUUAAUUAAUAAAUACUAAAUACAUACGGGACAAAUUACACAGAUUGAGUUAGCUUCGAAGUAAGUUCAAAACUUGUGUAACGAGAUACUUCUACCAAUCAAAGAAAGUUCGUUUCUCAUCAUGCCCUGACCGGGAUUCGAACCCGGGAACUCCGGUGUCACAGAGAAGCGUAUUACCGCUGCGCCACAGAGGCCGUCAAUGGUAUUAGUGUUUAAGUUUACGAAGUACAUAUCUCUUUAAUCUCCUUAAUUCUUAAGUAAAGAGUAAUUAACAAAAUAUACGUUGAAACACAUUUAUAUGUGUAAAAAAAAGACAACUCCUGUAUGUUCUUUUAAGAUAAGAGAAAGAGUUUUUUAAAAUUAUAACGCUUUACUUAAAAAUGUUAUAGGUAAGUUUUUGAGAAAAGAAUACACGUACUAUGAACGUUUUAUUUUCGAUAUUUCCCGAACUUUAAAAGUUUAUGCAAACUAUGUAAGACCUUAUAUUUGACUGCAAUUUCAUGCCGGCUGUCUGCGUACCAUUAUUUUAAACAGCGGCGCAUGUUUUAAUUAAGUCUGGACGUACUUAUAACAACUUAACACCGUGGGACUGUUAUGAGCUAUGUGUAAUAAAGUUAUGAUUUUAUUUUAAAAAAAUUAUGUAGGUACUCUUGUAUGCGCCCCAAAUACGUUGAAAACUUUUUAAUUGUUCGUCACGUCUCGAAGUUUUAAAAAACCAUAAUGCAUUUUAUCAUUUAGUCUUGUUUUAACCUUUUUAAGAACAAUGAUUUAUUUUAUAAUUUUAUAUUAUCAUUUUUAUGUACUAAAAUAUUUCAUUUCGCCCACUCUAGAGUUGAAAUCGUUUUAGUUUUUAAGACAAUUUGAGGCUGUUUCAGUGUCAAUUUAAAUUAAUCGGUUCAAAUCAUGUUUACCAAAACACAGCAUUUUAACGUAGGUAUUGUUUGUAAUAAGUUAUAGUUCCUAAAUAUUUUUUUAUUACAAUUUGGUACUUUUUUUGUGUAUACGUAGUUGUUGUUAGUAAGUUUGCUUUGUACAAGGAGCUGAAUACCUAUGGAGAUUGCAGUGUAUGUAAAUUUAUUAAAUUCGACGAAUUUUUUUCGGCCUAUAUUUAGUGUGCGAUAGAAAUGAUAUUCUUGUCAAUUAAUAUAAAAAAAAACUAUAUUAAAAAGUUUAGGAAGUUAAGUCAAUCAAGUUUUAUAAAAAAAAACAUAUUGGUUCACUCAUUUUAUGAGUACAUAGUUUAUGUGUGAUAAAAGUUAAUCUGACAAGGUCUUAUGAAAGAUAAUGUAUAAAUUGUGAACAUUCCAAAAUUUUAAGACUAUAUUGACAACGAAAACAAGUAUUAAUAUUAACAUUACACACAAAAUUAAGAUUCAUAGUUACUUAACUAGUUAAUUAAAAAAUUCUCAAUUUAUACUUUAACUAUGAACAUAGAAGCAGUUACUCAACUAUUCAUCCAUAGGGAAGUACAAAAAAUAUUCAUUUAGAGAGCAUCGAAUGAAAUAAAAUCAUAAAAGCAAUCUCCAUAGCAUAAUGUUAUAAGCUUCUUGUAAUGUUUCUGUUUAUUAAUGGUGCUUUUUUUUACCAUUUCUGACUUAUUUAUUCUUUUGUAUAAGUCUAAGAUGAAGUACAUUUGAAAUCAUGAACUACAAAAUUCUCGGUAACUAUUUUUACCUUCACCAUUUUUUUUUAAGUUCCAAUGCGAAUUGUACAAUUUAUUGUAUUUUUACAAUUUUACUGUAGACAACCAGUUUAUGUAGUUUUAAGUGCUGUAAAUACAAAUAUUA